UGUGAAAUGGCCUCCUCAUGCCUUUUUGCACACAUCCUCAGUUCAUGUGGUUGUUGACCCAUCGGUGUUGCCGUUCGUGUGAUGUGUCCAGUGUGCUCCACACUCACAUCAAGCUCUAUAAGUAGCUCUAGCUGGCACUCCCACGCCAACUUGGCACGCCAGAGAUCAGAACACAAGCCCAGAACAGCACCGCCUGUUAGCUAAGCCAGGAAAAAAAAGACAGGAAGGAGAAGAUGCGCAGAGGAGGGAUGAGCAGCGGCGGUGGCCGGAGCUCUCUAGGCUACCUCUUCGAGCCGGAGGAAACUAAUCCGUAUCACACGACGGCAAAAUCCAACCAGGAAACCGAGAAGACCACAGAUACCAACCGCAGCAGUGCCAAGGAUGAAAACAAGAUGAUCGGAGCUGAAGCCGAUCAGGAAUCACCGCAGCUUCCUCCUCCGAAGAGAGAGGUGUCGAACCCGAUACUCUCGUCUAGCCGACCACCUUGCAACAUCUACCAUACCAGCCAGUUAAGCUACAACAACUCUGGGUUUCUUAUCAGUGACCGACCAUCGACGAGGGUACGCUGUGCACCAGGAGGACCGUCGUCGCUUGGGUUUCUGUUCGGAGAGGAGCAUGAGAAAUGAUUGCUUGGAUCUCGUCAGAGCUAAUCUACAGGAGAGUAUGGCAGCAUGUGUGUGCACCGAUUUUCUUGGAUUUCAUCACAGUAUUGGAAAGACGAUCUGAUUUACAUAGGGUGGCUGUGGCAUGUGUCUUCAUUUAUGAUUGCAGGGUUUGUGUGUAUAUUUAUUUGUGUUCCUUUUUUUUGAUUGGGUGUUCCUAUUUAAUUGGCGGUACUGCAAGGGUGUUUCAAAUAUUUGUUUUCAUGUAAAUUGUUGCUGCACAUGCAUAAGUUAUAUGGAAAUUUGAGUUAAGGCUGGA